CAUAACUAUAACAAUAAAAAUUACAUUGUGAUUUUGAUUGACUGAAGUGUAGCAUUAAUAAUCUCAACAUGGAGCUUAAUACAUUUUUCCGUUGUUUAGUGUUACAACAGUUUUUGUUUUAUGUUGCUUCUGCGGCUACAGGAUCACAAAAAUUGCCAUCAUACUUCAAAGUAUGUCAUCAAACAGACCCAAAUCUAGCGAAAUGUAUUCAAAGUUCAGUAGAAAAACUACGACCUCUACUAAUCAAGGGAAUUCCUGAUUUGGGUAUACCCAGUAUUGAACCAUUAUCGAUACCAGAAGUUGUUAUUGAUCAAGGAACAGGUUCAGUAGCACUUCGAUCCGAAUACAAAAAUAUUAAAGUAUACGGUCCAUCAAAGUUCGUCAUCAAGGAUAUUAAAAUUGAUUUAGAAAAAGAUAAAAUGCGAAUUAAGCUGUUGCUACCAAUAUUACAUGUUGUUUGUGACUAUAACUUGGAUGGCAAAAUUAUGCUGAUGCCUAUAACUGGUUCAGGUUUAAGUACCUCAAACUAUACUAAUAUUGACGCAACUGUGACACUUCGAGUGGAAAAAAUAAAAAAAAAUGAUAACAUAUACUAUAAUGUCAAGGAUUUUUAUAUAAAUUUUGAUAUAGCAGAAGCCAAUAUACGAUUUGAAGAUUUAUUCAAUGGGGAUCAAGAUUUAGGUGAAGCCAUGAAUUUGUUCUUGAAUGACAAUUGGAAACAAAUUGCAAACGAAAUCAAACCAGUAUUAGAAGACAACAUUGCCAUGAUAUUGAAAAAAUUCGCCAACAAGAUAUUCCACAAAUAUCCAAAGAAUAUACUACUUCCCAAAUAAUUAAUUAUUUUUCAAACUUUGAUAAGAAAUUGAUAAUUUCUUCUCAAUAAACAUAUUUAGAUCCUCAUUUUAUUCGUUUUAGUAAAUUUCUAAAAAGUGAGAGAACAGUGUUGUGAAAAUUAUGCAGAACAGUCAACAAAAAUUGUACGGGGUGACGUGGUAUCUGGAACAUAUGCCGAUUUGCAACGGAAAUAGAAAUAUUGAGUAUAUAUUUUUCAGAAAUAUCUCUCAUUACAUCCGAUAACUGAUUUGUAUCUAUUUUCUAUUACUGUUUAAUAAAAUCCUUUCAUAUUUUUCCCCACUGCAAGUUGAU